ACAUAGCAGAGUUAGCAGACAUCAACAGCAACAAGAGCCGAAGAGCGAACGACAAACAACUCUGAAAAUUGACAUUUUAAAACUUAACCAUGACUGCAAAAAACGUGUACGUCCUCGACAAUGGUGCAUUUUCACUGAAAGUGGGCCUGAGCAGUGAAACGAAGCCGAAAGUGAUCCCGAAUGCAAUCAUGAAGGCGAAGAGCGAGCGACGGCGUCUCUUUGUGGGCAAUGACAUUGAAGAGUGCCGCGACGCCUCGGGUCUUUACUACAUUCUGCCCUUCCAGAAAGGCUAUCUCGUCAACUGGGACACGGAGAAAACCGUGUGGGAUCACGCGUUUUCGAAAAACUGCUGUCCGGUCUCGUUUUCGGACACUCCACUUAUUUUCACGGAACCGCUGUUUAACUUCCAGCCCCUGCAGGAAGGAGCCAACGAGAUUUUUUUUGAGGAGUACGACUGCUGCAAUCUACUGAGAAUUAACGCAGUAGAUUUAAGCCAACACAAGUAUCUGAGUGAUCAUCCAGAUGCAAAAGCCUGCCUGGUCGUGGAUUGUGGCUACAGUUUUACUCAUGUGGUUCCUUAUAUAAUGGGAAAGCGCAGAACCGAUCUUAUUCGAAGGAUAGAAGUUGGUGGAAAAUUGCUGACAAACCACCUGAAAGACAUCAUCUCUUAUCGGCAAUUACAUGUCAUGGACGAAACAUAUGUAAUGAACCAAGUCAAAGAGGAUGCCUGCUUUGUGGCUGAAGAUUUGAUGGCGUCAAUGAAGGAAGCGGCCACCAAAGGUCCAGCAAACACUAUCCUCAAGGAGUACGUCCUUCCUGACUUCACCAGCAUUCGAAGAGGCUACCUUAGGGACGUUCAGGCCGCGCAGGAUGAAGGCAUUCAACUUCUGCGGCUUAAUAAUGAAAGGUUUGCAGUGCCGGAGAUUUUGUUCCAUCCAUCGGACGUUGGUCUCCAGCAGAUGGGUAUUCCUGAGCUCAUAAUGCACAUCAUCGGACUUUGUGAACCAGAGACGCAGCCUCACUUGUGGAGAAACAUUGUCCUUACUGGUGGUUCAACCCUUUUCCCAGGCUUUGAAAAAAGACUAACCAAAGAACUGCGUGCUGUUGCCCCAUGCGAGUACCUGGUCAAGGUUACUAUGCCCAGUGAUCCACUUGGAUAUGCAUGGCAGGGUGGAAAAGCGCUGGCUGCAGAUCCAAAAGCUAUCAAGGAAAAAUUCAUCUCCAAACACGAGUAUGAAGAACACGGACACGUUGUGUGUGCUGAGAAGUUUGACAUAUAAAAUGGACAUAAUCAAUUUGAUCAUUCCGUUUUUUUUAAAUCAGUUUGUAAAUAAAUGCUAGUUAAAUUA